AUGGCUGCUGUGAAGUCAUCCCGAUCUAGGGCUUCUGCGCAUCAGGGGCCGUUGCCCGUGGGCUCCUCACAGCACCCCAAUGGUGGUGCUGAUAAUGGCGCCCCGCUCGCUGACAAGCUCAAGAUCUUCAAGACCGAGAAUUUCGACCCUGAUGCCUAUGUGCAGUCCAAGUGCGAGACUAUGAAUGAGAAGGAAAUAAGGCAUUUGUGCUCUUAUUUACAAGACUUGAAGAAGGCUUCUGCGGAAGAAAUGCGUAAAAGUGUUUAUGCUAAUUAUGCAGCAUUCAUCAGAACAUCAAAGGAAAUAUCAGAUCUAGAAGGUGAGCUCCUGUCCAUUAGAAACCUGCUAUCUACUCAGGUGGCUCUGAUUCAUGGAUUAGCUGAAGGGGUUCCGACUGAAUCCUUGUCUGCUGGUUCUGAAAGAUCCUUAGGGGAUGAUAUGUCAAAAGCUGAAGAUCGAGAACCUUCUGAUAUAGAGAGAUGGGCAAUUGAUUUCCCAGAUAUGCUCGCCGUGUUGCUUGCUGAGAGGAGAGUGGAUGAAGCUUUGGAUGCUUUGGAUGAAGCUGAUCGUAUAGCUGCGGAAGCCAAACAAAACAAAGCACUGAAACCAGCUGAACUUCGUUCAUUACAGACUGCUAUUACUCUGCAUCGACAAAAAUUAGCAGAUCAGCUUGCUGAGACUGCUGGUCAGUCUUCUACUCGUGGUGUGGAGCUUCGUGCAGCUGCUUCAGCUCUUAAAAGGCUUGGAGAUGGCCCCCGUGCCCAUACUUUGCUGCUUAAUGCUCAUUAUCAAAGGCUUCAAUAUAACAUGCAAACUAUCCAUCCAACUAGCACUUCAUAUGGGGGAGCAUAUACUGCCGCCCUUUCACAGCAAGUUUUCUCUGCCAUUGCUCAAGCUUUGCAUGACUCACUGGAUGUCUUUGGUGAUGAUUCAGCAUUUGCAUCAGAAUUGGUGGCGUGGUCUACGGAGCAGGCAGAGACCUUUGCACAGCUUGUAAAGAGGCAUGCAUUAGCCUCGUGUGCUGCUGCUGGUGGCUUACGAGCUGCAGCGGAAUGUGUUCAGAUAGCCCUUGGUCAUUGCUCCUUGCUGGAAUCUCAAGGUUUAUCACUUUCUUCUGUUCUGCUGAAACUCUUCAGGCCCAGUGUUGAGCAAGCACUGGAUGCUAAUUUAAAGCGAAUUGAAGAGAGCACGGCUGCACUAGCUGCUGCUGAUGAUUGGGUCCUUACAUAUCCACCAUCUGGUGCACGAACGUCCAAUAGAACAUCUAGCACCUCUGUUGGAAAUCAACCAAAGUUAUCUAGCAGUGCACACCGUUUCAACUCUAUGGUUCAGGAUUUCUUCGAGGAUGUUGGGCCAAUUCUGAGCAUGCAGCUGGGUGGUCCCACAUUGGAUGGCCUUCUACGAGUUUUCAACUCGUAUAUUAGUUUGCUGAUAAACGCCUUACAGGGGUCUAUUGAAGAUGAUGGGAAUGUGGGAGUUUCUGGGAAUAAAAUAGUCAGGAUGGCAGAGACUGAAGCACAGCAGUUAGCUUUGCUGGCAAAUGCGUCCUUAUUAUCUGAAGAGCUUCUCCCUCGUGCAGUUAUGAAGCUCUCCCCAACUUACCAGGCUAAUGGCAUCGAUGAUACACGUAAAAGGGCUUCAGACAGACACAACCGCAUGCCAGAGCAACGAGAAUGGAAAAGAAAAUUACAACGUUGUGUUGACGGGUUGCGAGAUAGCUUCUGCAGGCAGCAUGCUCUUGAUCUUAUCUUUACAGAGGAUGGUUUUACCCACUUAAGUGCAGAUAUGUACCUAAGUUUGGAUGGAAGUGGGUAUGAACCUGAUUGGUCACCCUCACCUAUAUUUCAGGAACUAUAUGCAAAACUUAAUAGCAUGGCAAGCAUAGCUGCUGAUAUGUUUGUAGGAAGGGAAAGGUUUGCUACCUUGCUAAUGAUGAGACUCAUAGAGACAGUUAUAUUAUGGCUCUCUGAUGAUCAGGCCUUUUGGGAGGAAAUUGAAGAGGGGCCAAAACCUCUGGGUCCUCUCGGCCUUCGUCAGUUUUAUCUGGAUAUGCAAUUUGUAAUUGUCUUUGGACAAGGCCGUUUCUUAUCUCGUCAUGUUCAUCAAGUUAUCAUGGACAUUAUUGAAAGAGCCAUGGCUGCGUUUUCUGCAACUGGCAUGGAUCCAGACAGUGCUCUCCCUAAUGAUGAUUGGUUUAUCGACAUUGCUCAAGAAACUGUCAGUAAAAUAAGCGGAAAAACCCGAGUGACCACCGACAGAGAACCUAACAGCCCGACUGCCUCUGUCUCCGCACAGUCGAUGUCUUCUGUCAGAUCUCAUGGGAGCUCCUAGCUUACAAUUUUCAAUGUGAACUACAAUUGAAUGAACAUAAAUCGAUAACUGGUGAAUCGAACUCAGCAGCUGACCAAUGUUAUAGUCCUUGUAAUCCUCAGCUUCAAGUGGUUUUCUUGCAGCCCAUUGUACAACAGGUUCCUUUUAUCAUUUUUUUUUCUAUUUGAUUAUUUUCUUGUGUUUCUUUUAAUAUCGCUCAGUGCACGAUCGAUCUUUUCUAGGAUUAUUUCUUGAUCUUUUUUUUUUUGUUGAGCUGUUGUUUGUUUGUAUCUGUAAAUGUUUAGUACAAAAAAUUUCAGUGUAUCAUUCUUUUUCUCUGUUGGCUUUGAAUUUA